CUGGACCGAACAACAGCCACGCCAUGGCCAAGCUCGGAGAGGGCGACGACCGGUGGAUCGUCAAGGAGCGGGAGGACGGCCGCAAUGUGAACAACUGGCACUGGUCGGAGACGAGCUACACGGAGUGGGCACGCGAGAAGCUCGGCGCACGCUUCGAGGGCGUCGCCAUCGGCGACGGCACGCGCAGCGCCGGCAAGCUCCUCUCUCUCGAGACGAUGAAGGGAGAUGUGACUGUGCAGUCGCGCAAGCAGAAGCGCUUCCCUCUGUGCGCGGCACGGGUGGCGGGUCGGGCGCUGCUCGUCCAUAGCACCGACCGGCUCGCUCCGUCCCUUCUCCCAGGCGUGCCGGAGGACGAGCGCGAGCGCACCGAGCGCGGGUGGAAGGGGAUGCUGUUCGAGCCGAUGAAUGCGAUGCUGGGCGGGCGCGUCAUCGGCGCGUGACGACAUCGCUGGCGCCGCCCUGUUUCUUGAUACGCGCCUAUGCGCGCCGCGCGCCGGGUCCAGACCGGUGUGGGGUGCUCUACCUCACUCACUUUAGAACUAGCUCCGAGCGGCACACACAGUCACAGAGCGAAACUCUCUCUUGUACCGUGCUUGCGAGCACACCGACAUAGCACAUUAGAGUAACACACUAUAGUAAACGCUGAGAGCAGUUCAGUUAUGAAAAGAGAUAUUCUCGAGCGAUCUGUCAGAUGAUUGGGGACAGCACUUAUCUGUCCACACUCACGUGCGCGGCAAUGUCGAAUGUCGCGCGGGGGUCUCGCUCUCCUGUCUCCCCUCAUCAGUCAUCUCCAGGUAGCAGCAAGCAGGUUGGCUGCGCAGGUUGGCUGGGAUCGGUUUCGCUUCUCUCUGUAAUACAUACUUUAUCC